AUGGUGGGAGCUCUGAGCCCCGCUGGCCCCGGCCGCUCCCCGGUGACCGCGCUGGGGCUUCUGGUGGCCGUUCUGCUAUCGGUCCUGUCCGGCAGAGCGAACGGACAGCCCUGCCCGGCACAGUGCGCCUGCACGGGGACUACAGUGGACUGUCACGGCCAGGGGCUCCGCAGCGUGCCCAGGAACAUACCCCGCAACACGGAGAGACUGGAUCUGAACGCAAACAACCUCACUAAAAUCACCAAGGCGGAUUUCGCCGGACUGAGGCAUCUGCGAGUGUUGCAGCUAAUGGAGAACAAAAUCUCCACGAUGGAGAGGGGGGCCUUCCAGGACCUGAAGGAACUGGAGAGACUGCGCCUGAAUCGGAAUAAUCUGGCCGUCUUCCCCGAGCUGCUUUUCCUGGGAACGACAAAGCUUUACAGACUGGAUCUCAGCGAGAACCAGAUUCAGGGGGUCCCGAGGAAAGCCUUCAGGGGAGCCGUGGAGAUCAAGAACCUGUAA